AUGGCCACGGCGCUCCGCCUCCCGUCUCUCCUCUCCUCCCGCGCCGCCCCUACCACCGCCGCUCGCGCUACCAUCCGGGGGAAUCGGACAGGAUCGUUCACUCACAGGGUCGCCGCGCAGCCUGACGACACCACCGCCACCACCUCCACCACGCCGGCUCCGCCCGCCGGGUUCACGCCUCCGGUUCCCAAGCGGUUUGAGGUCAAGCCCGGCCAGUCAAACAACAUCGCUGGCGCCGCCCUCGCCUUGCCCUUCCGCCUCGGCACCGGGGUCUUCGUCCUAGGAUAUGGAGUGACACUUGUUGAUGCUAACGAGAUAUCACCGGAUCAAUAUGCUUUGGAUUUCCAAGGUCAGAAGGUGAAAGAAACGUCGAAGGUGGGGCAGUGCCCUCGACCUGCUAAGCCUAUUGAAAUAUACGAGUUUGAAGGAUGUCCAUUUUGUCGAAAGGUCAGAGAGAUGGUAUCCGUCCUGGACCUUGAUGUUUUAUAUUACCCUUGUCCUAAAGGCAGCCCAACCUUCCGUCCAAAGAUUCUUGAGAUGGGCGGAAAGAAACAAUUUCCUUACAUUGUACGCGAGACAUCAUUGAUGGUCGAUCCAAACACAGGAGUUGCUAUGUAUGAAUCAGAUGACAUCAUAAAUUACCUGGCAAAAACUUACGGUGAUGGAAGUGUUCCAAUUAUGCUAAAACUUGGUCUAUUGACAACAAUAACGGCAGGGCUUGCAUUGAGUGGGCGUAGCGGGAAGGGAUCUUCCUACAGUCCUGCAAAGCUUCCAUCCCAGCCAAUAGAGAUAUGGGCAUACGAGGGAUCUCCUUUCUGUAAAAUAGCGCGUGAGACCCUUGUCGAGUUGGAGUUGCCACACUUGCUACACAGCUGUGCGCGUGGCAGCCCCAAGCGACAGGAUUUUUUCGAGAAAUAUGGUAUUUUCCAGGCGCCUUAUAUCGAGGAUCCUAACACGGGGGUAAAGAUGUUCGAGAGCGCCGACAUCGUAGAGUAUCUGAGGGCAACAUAUGCUGCUUGA